AUGCACGCCGAGAACUGUCACCGUUACGUCAUCGGCGCAGAUUGUUCCUUAAAGAGGGGUGGCUACUCAUCGGCCCGAUAUUCUCGCAAAAUUGUCUACUGGAUUCCUGGCAUCUUCUUUGACAGGCCAGUGGAGGUUCAGCACUGUAUCGUCAUCGUAGCGAUGUAUUCAACUUGUGGUGUUGCUGAGCUGUGGCGGAAUUGCGUCAUCUGCACUGAGGGCGUUUCAUGCGGCGUGCGGGACCAAUUGGUUCUAUUGCUGUGCGCAUACGGCGAUAACAGCGGCCAAAAAAUGCGACAUGUGACUAAAAGUGACUGCGACCAAACACCUACAAGUAACUGCGACCAUACACCUGCAACCAUCUGCGAAAAAAUGCGAACGCGCGCCACCAGCCUCUGCUCGCUAAUCCACUCUCUUCUCUCGCUUCUCGCUCUUCUCUCGCUUCGCUUUUCGCUCUAUUGUGUCGCCCACGCUCCCGCUGCCACCACCACCGCUACCGCGGCCCACGCGUACUUUGUAUUAAAGUUGAACCUGUCUUGCGGAUCAUAUUCAAAAGACUCAAAGAUCGUGUUGGGCUCCAGAUACGGCUCGCCACGGUCGUGGUGUGUAGUGUGGUCUUUGACGAACCACAAGGCUAUGAGCGCGAGUAGCAACAAACCGAGUCUUCGACGCAUUGACAUGAAACAGUGCGAUUGA